CAAGUCUUCCGCAAUCGUUCCACGAUUCCAUAUCGCGCGGAGAUCGCAGUCGUAACGAAAGGUACCCGUGAGUUCGUUGCAUCCGCGAUGAAGAGCCACAGUUUCGUCGCCGUUCUACUGUGCGCGGCUUUUGGACUGUUCGAGUGUCUCGGGCAAGAUGUCAAUCUGGGAGUCGGCACUGCGAAGUUCGGGGAACGGUGCGUGAGGGACCGCAACUGCAUUCCCCAUGCGUUCUGCUGGGGGCAGACGACUUGCGUCUGCGAGACCUAUUAUUCGCCUACUCUUGACAAAGCCAUGUGCAUCCCGACCGAGGGGGCGCCUUGUGCCGAUAACAAUAGCUGCGGAUCGAUGACUAACGCCAGGUGUAGACAAGGGAAAUGCGCCUGCCAGGACACCUAUGUUUUGGACAACAGGAACUCGUCGAAUUGCAUUAGCAGGCCGACAAAGGAGGGCGAUCGUUGUCAAAGGGAAGACGACUGUCAGGAUGCGCUAGGUCGGGCAAUGUGCAUCGACGAACUUUGCCGGUGCCUCUCGAAUUACCAUUUUGUUAACCAGACGGGAAAAUGUGAACAGACGCGAUACAUGUACAACUCCUGUAAGAAUGAUUACGACUGCAAGAGUCACGACGACAGGCUGCUCGAAUGCAGGCGAGGCGAGUGCCUUUGCAAACUAGGAGAACCGGACUGCAGCAAAGCCUCCUUGCACGCGAUCGUCGGAGGUCCCGUGAUACUCCUAGCGAUUCUACUUAGGCUAGUCUGAAUUCGGUUUUCUAUAUUUCUUGUCUGUCAAAUAAAC